CUUGCUCAAUGUUUUUGUUUGAGCCAAGACAGCGCUUUUAAAACCAGCUGUCUGACGCUGUGAAGUAGAGCAUCAUGGAGACGGCGGGUCAAACACUUUGUGUGUUAUCGCUUCUGUUUGCUUCAGUAACCUGCACAGAGCCGUCGCCUAGCCAAUUGAAUACGGAAAACAUCGUGAUUAACGUGACAGCCGGGACUGUGGCGGACACACAGCUGCAGGACUCCAGCAGCCUGCAGAUCAGCCUGAACCUGUCUGUGGGGGAGCAGCAGGUGCUGGUCAACCACAUCCCGGUGGAGCUGUCCGGAGUCACCAGGUUCACCUGCCAGGCUCUGCUCUUAGACAGCAUCAACGGUAGCAGUGAGUUUGAAUCUGGGGACUUGGUGUCCACGGUCACGCGGGUGAUGGUGAGCCAGAACCGGCUGUACAGCGACACAGAGGAGGUGCUGGCUCUGCAGGUGUUCAGUGAAGUGAUAGAGAUGGAGGGCAAGGAGGUCCAACAGCCUGACAUGUGUGAGGUGAAGAUACUGAUGAGCCCAGACUUCCAGAAGCUGGCUCAGUUCACAAACAUCUACCCCAUCGGACACAGUGAGAUCUUCAGGCUUCCCAGGGAGAAUGACAUGGUGGUCACAGAUCCACCUAACCCCAGGAAAGAUGAAGAACAGCUGAUAUCCCAGACCACCAGCCAGUACCCCCUGAAGCACACGGAGACCACGCAGGAGGAGGUGGCCGCCCCGGGGAAGCUCCCAGAGACGCCUCUCCGCAUGGACCCUGACCUGCUGUAUGACGUCAGAUAUGAUGAUGAGUUUGAUGUCAGAGAGCCAAGCCAACCGGAUCACAUUCAGAUGGAAACUCCACCCAAAGAAUUCAUAUCAUCUUACUCUGCUGUGUGUCAGUGGGUGGAAGAGCUGAGGGAGCGUCUGAGGCGCUUCAGCUCCGAGUCGCUGCCUCUCUUCUUCCUGGUGAUGUGGGUGGUGGUGAUCGGCGUGGUCGGAUCAGCGGUCAUCGUCAAGAUUUUGGACAUGUUCUUCCCAACUUGUGAACACAAGCACAUUUUUCACCUAAACCCUCUCACUCUGAUGCCGGAAGACGAGAAGCACACUCUGCUCGAGAACAUAGAAAUAGAGGCAGAAGAAGAGGAAGAGAAGAAGCCUUGAAGGAAGGGGGCUUUUGGCCAGCUUCUUUAUUUUCAGUUUGUUCUUAUUUGUUCUUUAACUUGGGCAUUGCGUUAUAUUUUCAGCAUGGCAUGAUUUUGUCACAAGCUGGUAUUCUGAUUUUGGAAGCAGCUCCUCAAUUGACCCUUUGAAGCACAAAAGCCAUGGAGCAGGAAGUGCUUUAAUGCCACCCAAUUCCUCCAAUUCACUAACAUGAUGAGAGAGGAACAGGAAGUGAGCAACUGAUGUAUGGAGGCCAGCUGCGUGUUGCCCUGCACAGAAAAAGCCAUGUCUUUGCUCCUGUGAUUUGUCAUAUAAGAGUUUUACCAAGUCAUAAAUGAGUGUACAUUAAUCUACUAGAAAUGACUCACCUUUUUUUUUUUAACAAGCUUUUGCAAUGUGGCUCAUUCUUCCAUACAUCUUCAGUAUUGUUUCAAAAAGUAGGGUCAUACAUGUGGUAUUAAGCAUUAAACCACACAUAACCCAUGCCCCAUCAAGUCAAACCACCAGCCUGCGUAUUACAUGUUAUAUGUACAACUCAUCGACUGAAGAAAGGAAUUCUUAAAUGACAAACUACUCCUAUAAUGGAACAUAGGCGAGUCUUCCUAAAAGUGCUCAGAAUACGUGUCCGGGCUAAAGGGAAAGCAAAGACACCCAGAUGUGCGCACUGCAGGUUAAACCCAUAAAUAUGAACAAACUGAAGUGUAUGGAGCUGACCCAGUCUCUCUGAUCACUGAGAAGACUUUAGGAAACACUUCUGUACAGCUCACAUGUUUUAUUCUCUAAAAUGCAACCCUUUGCUGGAUGUGAAGAAAGCUGAGAUAACAGAUGCACUAUAAUGACUUUAUAAUGAAGCAUGCAGUGUCUCCCAACUUUCAUUCUUUAAGUGAGGACAAAGUUAAAGGAGUACACCCCCCCCCACCACCACCUCUGUUAAACUGAAUGUCACUACACUCCCCUUAAGGCUUGCUUUCAUAUAAUGAUUGUGUUUCUUUGCCUCUGUGACUCUCAGUGAAGGGGGGAUUGAUUCUUUGUGUGCUUUCCUGUUUGUCAUGAUGGAGAAUGUAAAUGCGUUAGUUCCGAUUGUCUGCACUAUAUAACAUAAAGUACCAAGGUGAAAGACUUGUGUAAAUAGUCUGUAUUUAGGUUUGAAUUGUGGAGUGAAAACUGGACUUAUGGCGAAGAAUGACUUGUGGCGAAGAAUGACUUGUGGCGAAGAAUGACUUGUGGCGAAGAAUGCCAGUUAGUGGUCAAAGAGGUGUGUUUAAUCAAUCCUAAACUAAGUAGUGGGAGUGUUUCAACAUGUUUGUGUUAUUUUAAAAUGCACCUACCAUGCUUUUUUUAAACCCCCUUUAAAGAUGAGCUUGUGUUUUUUCUCCAGUUGAUCUGCAGAAUGCAUGAUGUACUUUGUGGAAGAUGCAUGUUAAGUCUGGCUAGUGAACUGCUGUGUUAUCAGCAAGAAGAAGUGGGAAGCUGCACGAUGACCUGUGUUGGGUUCAAGUGAUCAUCUCAAUACAUUACAGUUCCGUGGAGGACACUACAUUAGCCUGUGAGGCAAACAAUAUGUCAGGCAUGAAUUCAGACGUGUUGCUGAAGAAUACAAAUAAAAUGUAUUUUAAUUUGCUCUUCGAAACAUGUUACUAUUUUAAGACUUUUUGUGUGCAUUCAUAAGCUGGACUGUGGGUUUGGGUCUAACAUCCUGCUGAAUAAAUGCUUCUCUGAUGAGCAUCAAACCUU